CCAGGUUUUAUCGCCAAUGUCGUUUGAACUCGAGCCAAAUCUACCUCUUGUCUCUGUAGCUUCCCCGUACUCUCGUUAUCGCUACCCUCAUGUCAGCUCGAACUCAAACUCCCACCAAGGUGGUAGUCGACACCCAGAGUUAUUGCACGGGAAGAAAGGAACUUUUUUGCUUGUCCUUAUGUAUUACCAUGGGAUGGAAUUGACGAUUAAUCUGCUCGUCUAGUACCCAGGUCAGUAGAAGGGCAAUUCGUGUUAAGAGAUCGCCAAGUUGUG